GUCAGGCCAGUCCCGGCAUGCUCCGCGGCCGCCCGCGGUGGAGCGCCGACAAGAGGAAUCUCCCCCGUGAGCGGCCCAGCUCGAUUCAGCUGCUGUCCAGACCUGACCGGCUAUCGGGCCUCCUCCAGUCGUUCUCCUACAGCUCGCCCGCCCGUCCGAGCGCCCCCAGCCCUCCCGUGAGGGCGCCCCGGGACGGAAGGGUCCAGCAGCCUGUCGGCGCCCGCAGUUCUCGUGGUCGCCGUCGCCGUCGUUGUUGUGGUAAUCUCCGCGGUCGCCUGGGCCAUGGCCAAUUACAUCCACGUCCCGUCCGGCUCCCCGGAGGUGCCCAAGCUCAACGUAACGGUUCAGGAUCAGGAGGAACAGCGCUGCCGGGAAGGGGCCCUGAGGCUCCUGCAACACCUGCGGCCCCACUGGGACCCCCAGGAGGUGACCCUGCAGCUCUUCACAGAUGGAAUCACAAAUAAACUUAUUGGCUGUUAUGUGGGUGAUACCAUGGAGGAUGUAGUCCUGGUGAGAAUUUAUGGCAAUAAGACCGAGUUGUUAGUUGAUCGAGAUGAGGAAGUAAAGAGUUUUCGAGUGUUGCAGGCUCAUGGCUGUGCACCACAACUGUACUGUACCUUCAAUAAUGGACUGUGCUAUGAGUUUAUACAAGGAGAAGCAUUGGAUCCACAGCAUGUCUGCAACCCGGCCAUCUUCAGGCUAAUAGCUCGUCAGCUUGCUAAAAUUCAUGCUAUCCAUGCACACAAUGGCUGGAUUCCCAAAUCUAAUCUAUGGCUAAAGAUGGGAAAAUAUUUCUCUCUCAUUCCCACAGGAUUUGCAGAUGAAGACAUCAAUAAAAGGUUCCUAAGUGAUAUCCCAAGCCCUCAGAUUCUUCAGAAAGAGAUGAGUUGGAUGAAGGAGAUUCUUUCUAACCUGGGCUCACCUGUUGUGCUUUGCCAUAAUGACCUAUUGUGUAAGAAUAUAAUCUACAAUGAGAAACAAGGUGAUGUACAGUUCAUUGAUUAUGAAUAUUCUGGAUACAACUACCUGGCAUACGAUAUUGGAAAUCAUUUCAAUGAAUUUGCAGGUGUGAGUGAUGUAGACUAUAGUCUCUAUCCAGAUAGAGAACUGCAGAGUCAGUGGCUGCGUUCUUACCUUGAAGCCUACAAAGAGUAUAAGGGCUUUGGGACCCAAGUGACUGAAAAGGAGGUAGAAAAACUCUUCAUUCAAGUCAAUCAGUUUGCAUUGGCAUCUCAUUUCUUUUGGGGAUUGUGGGCUUUGAUUCAAGCCAAAUACUCUACUAUUGAGUUUGAUUUCCUAGGGUAUGCAAUUGUUCGUUUUAACCAGUACUUUAAAAUGAAGCCUGAGGUUACUGCAUUAAAAGUGCCUGAGUAAAGAAGAGAUUCAAUUAUUCUCAAGUAGCUGAGCAGUGCUUGUGAAUCUUUUCUGAAGAAAUUCCAAAAAGCCAAUAUUUGUUAAAAUUCUGUUAUUUAAUUUGUUAUUUUGCUUUACAAAUUAUGCCUCUAAGCAAUCUAUUUUUUAAAUAGACUGAUGUCAAGAAAUAUACCUAUUGUUAUCAGUAUGUGGUGGAUUAAAAAUUUGUUAAAUCUGCAAAAGGUAUAACGAUGUCAGUUUAACCUUUCUUUGCUAAUUCAAUCUAUGUUAUAUGUGAAUUAUUUAUUAUAAAUUUAACAUGAUUCUGUGACUGCUUUAUCUGUUUGAGUGUAAGCAACGAAAAUGUUCCAGAGAAAUUUUUAAAUGUUUUACUUUAAUAAGGUUAAUUGUAGUAAACAUUGCUAGUUGUCAGUGUAACCAGUUUAUCUUGAUGCACUGUUAGUAAAAGGAAUCAUUUACUCUCAAAAUGCGACUGAUGUAGAUAACUUAGGAUGUUCAUAUAAAAAUAUCUGUUUAGAAGGGUAAAAUACAUACACUGUCUCUGUGGGUGGUACAUCUUAUUGAAGUGAAUAUAGAAAGCAUUUCUUUUUAAGAGAAUCUGACUUAGCAUUACCCCUCUCUACAUAGUCUGGCAGUAUAAAUACAAAUAUUUACCAUAUAAUCCUGGAAUAAGUAUGAAUUAAUGCUACCGAAAUGUGUAUUAAAUAAUGUCUGAAAUGCUAAA